GGGGGCGGGGGCCGCGGCUCGCCCCCCGCCGAUGAGCCGCCGCGGAGCGCGGGCGGACGAUGGAACUCCACAUCCUGGAGCACCGGCUGCAAGUUGCCAGCGUCGCCAAGGAGAGUAUCCCGCUCUUCACCUACGGCCUGAUCAAACUUGCCUUCCUGUCCUCCAAGACCAGGUGCAAGUUCUUCAGUCUGACGGAGACGCCGGAGGAUUACACCAUCAUCGUUGAUGAGGAGGGCUUCCUGGAGCUGCCCUCCUCUGAACACCUGAGUGUGGCAGACGCCACCUGGCUGGCCCUCAACGUGGUAUCUGGAGGCGGCAGUUUCUCCAACUCCCAGCCCAUCGGCGUGACCAAGAUCGCAAAGUCGGUCAUCGCGCCCCUGGCCGACCAGAACAUCUCAGUGUUCAUGCUCUCCACCUACCAGACGGACUUUAUCCUGGUUCGUGAGCGUGAUCUGCCCUUCGUCACCCAUACCUUGUCAUCAGAGUUUACCAUCCUGAGGGUUGUCAAUGGUGAGACAGUGGCCGCUGAGAACCUGGGCAUCACCAACGGCUUUGUGAAGUCCAAGAUGGUCCAGAGGCCCGUCAUCCACCCGCUGUCCAGCCCGAGCAACAGGUUCUGCGUUACCAGCCUGGACCCCGACACGCUGCCUGCCGUUGCCACACUGCUCAUGGACGUCAUGUUCUACUCCAACGGAGUGAAGGACCCCCUGGCUGCUGGCGAUGACUGUGGCCACAUCCGCUUCUUCUCCUUCUCCCUCAUCGAAGGCUACAUCUCCCUGGUGAUGGAUGUGCAGACCCAGCAGAGGUUUCCUAGCAAUUUGUUGUUCACGAGCGCAUCUGGAGAGCUCUGGAAGAUGGUGCGGAUCGGAGGACAGCCCCUGGGCUUCGAUGAGUGUGGCAUCGUGGCCCAGAUCUCCGAGCCCCUGGCUGCUGCGGACAUCCCCGCCUACUACAUCAGUACUUUCAAGUUCGACCAUGCACUGGUACCAGAAGAAAACAUCAACGGUGUUAUUAGCGCCCUGAAGGUCAGCCAAGCAGAGAAGCAUUAGAAGGGCCUCUUCUGCUCCUCCCUGUCUGCCCCAGGCCUGGGCCCAGCCCCCACCCUGAAGAUUCUUCUUGCAGUAUUUCUUGAUGGACUGGAAAAUCAGCCCCGGGGUCCCCGAAGAGGAGGCCUCUGGGAGACACCCCUGAUCGCUGACCCACCAGGCCUAGGACUUAAGCUGAGGCCUCCCCAUGCCCUCCUGCCUUCUCAGAGCCCCCCCCACCCCGCCCCCCAGACCCUCCAGAGAGCCGCCUGCCGCCGCCUCCUGUCCCCAUCCCAGAAGACGGUGUCUGGGGUCUAGGGAGCUUGUGAGCUGCUGCUCCGCCUCCUCAUCUGGCCUCACCCACAGCUGGAGGCAGAUGCCGAAGAAAGCUGGCCCUUCCCACAAGACAUGGGGUACUGAUUUUCAUGUUGUCUUGGCGGGGGCUGGCCAAGUGGGACUGAGUUUGUAGAGACUGAGAAGACCCCCACGAGGGUGGGGGCUGGGUGCUGUGGUCGCUGGUGUCUGGCCCCGUCAGCUCGGGGCUGGUUCCCGCAGAGUGGAGGCCAGAGUGGGUGGCCCUCAGGUCACAUGGCUGGUGAGACUCCCCCAGGAGCCGAAGGGUCAAACCCAGGACCUGAGCCACCCAGAACCUCACCUGCCAGCCACAGGGCCUGUGCCCCAACUCCCAGCAAGACUGCCAAGAGGGGCCCUGUCCAGACCCUCCCCCACCACAAACCCUCACUCCUGGGGGUGGUUCCCAGGGGUCCCACCAGCCUGGGGCAUGAGCCCCUGUUCCCUCUGCUUUCCCUGGACCCUACUCGGGCCGGCAAAGCCUCAAGUUUCCUCCAAGUGGGGGCAUUCCCAGCAUUCUAGACCUGGGUUUCUUGGGUCACCCCACCUCCUCAACAGUUGAGUAGACCAGCAUAGGCCUCCCCCGUCAUCCUGCCCCUGCCCCAGUUUUGGGGGGCAUGGAAGGCCUCUGCCCCCAACUCACCUGCCCGCCACCCAGUCGGGGACUGUGGCACUCACAAGUACUUGACCUGGGAGGCAGCUUAACUGAGCCUUAAUAGAGAAAACCAUACCUUGUUUUAGCUUCUUAUUUAAUGUGUUCGCGCCCAGGCUGUGGUUGGCAGCAGUUUUGGGGAUGGGGCCUACAGAACUCGGGGUCUGGAAGCCCAGCAUCACCGGCUGGCACCUAACUCCAGGCACAAGCGUGAGAAUCGGGAACCGCCCCAGGCGCCCACCGGCCGCCCACACAGGCGCCUGGGCAUCCUGCUUCCUUCUGAGCAUCGGGACCCAGAGCCCACAGGAAGUGGACAGCCAGGUGCAGGCCAGCCACGGUGGCCUCGUUCUCCGGACAGGGAGAAGGGGCUCAGCCCCCAGGCCUCGUCAGCAGGGGUGUUUUCAGACAGACAGGGCCCACUGGAGCUCAGGCCCUCUGUGUCGUUUCUCUGGCGGCCUCUGGCCUGGGCUGUUCUGAGAGGGCAGAGCCGCGGCGAUUCCCCAGCCCGGUGAAGUUUAUGUGCGCCCCUGCGUGGGACCCCGCGCCCUGGAAGCCGCUGUAGAGGAGCCAUGAGUCUGCAUCCUCGCAGACGCCCAGGGCCCAGGCACCGAUCAGGAACCCACUCUCUUCUUAAGUUAAUUCAUUUUGCACAAAACUCCAAAAUAACCAAAACGUGUAUGUUGUUUGCUGGUUGCAAAACUCGGGUGGCCGAGCGGGCGGGCAGUGCUGGAUGCCCUGGGCCCCUUUCGUCCUCGGAAGGCCUUGAAUUCCCGUGGCGCGCCCCUCCACACCCACCCCUGUCAGCGUCCCUAUCGCGUCGCCUCCUACCCCACCCCGCCGUGCAAGUGUCGGUCCCGUGACCCCAGAAAUGUGUGCUCUCUAGACCCUAGGACGUAUCUAUUGUACACACCUAUAAAUACCUGUGUUUUAUGUCGAUAUAGAUAUAUACUGUAAAUAGCAUAUAUACUUGAGCAAUAUAUAUGUUAAUAUAUACUGUGUGAGCACGCCCGCGUGUUUGCGGGGCGCGGGCACAGCCCCGCUGUGUGUGCGUGCGAGGCUGAGGGCUCCACCCUGCUGUGUCUGCCGUGCACACACGUUUUGAGCCACCAUAAGAUUUUUAAUUCAAGUAUAUAGGCAAUAUGCUGAUUGGACAAGCCGCAGGCUCCCUCAGCUCAGACUUGAGAGAAAAACAAAACCAGCAGCCCAGGAGCCGAGCCCUGGGUGGGUGUGGGUCCCUGCCCCCCACCCCGGUCCCCCUUGAAAGCUAGUUUUGCCCCUUCCCUGCAUCCCAGCCCCCCAAAGUCUAGCCAAGGUCCCUGGAAACCCGUGUUUUAUUGGGGGUACAGAGGGAAGAGGAGUUGGACCGUCUUGCUUUUUAGCAGAACCAUGCCCCCUUCUCAGUAGUCUCAACCUGCAGACCCAGGCCAGCUGAGCACCCCCUUCCCACCCCCUCUCAGCUGUCCAUCCUGGGUCCUCUCCCCACCUAUGGCUGUUUUCAUGCUGAGUCUUUUCACUGGCAAGCUUAGAUGCCUCAGGCUGUCUCCCCAGGCCUGGUGACUGGCCCAUUCUCACUGUAAAGGGGUGUUUGCCUUGACCUUGUGUCCAGGGAGUCGCCACCCAUGGCCACCCAUUUAUUUUUCUAUUCUCUAUGCUGUGUGUGCCAAGGCCGGGUGCAUCCUGGUGUCCAAGAGUCUGAGCAGCAAAGUCAGUGGUUCGAUCACCACAGCUCUUUGGGGAAGGUUGAGUGGUUUCCCCAGGGGCCAGCUGCCCCCAGCCAUCUCCUGGCUCUCUGGGUGGGCACCUCUAGACCACAGGGUCCGCAGGGAGGUGCGUACUGCUCAAUGCAGCUCAUGUGGCUGAGGGCCUUCCAGCUGUGGCUGGUGGGCUGCGUAGCUGGAGGAGGAAAGCGGGUUGAGCAAGUGGGCGCUGGACUCUGAGGGUCUGUCUUUGCCUCUGUGGGCGCCCAGUGAAAAAGACCAAGCACCUAAAUGCUAUUGUCACGGCCGUGCCAGGCUGCACACCAGAGUGAGCGCAGGUUAGUCGGAGCUGUGCCCACCACCCCACUGCGACAGAAAUCUGACUCCUUGGCUCCCCCACCAUGUGGCUCCCAGAUCCCUCAGCCCCCAGUCCUGACCUGACAAAGGGGGGCAGAAGGGGCUGCCCACACCACUGCCUCAGCCUAGGGCACACCAUUAAGCCAGAGAGACGUGCUAACCCCUUCCAAAAUUCAAGGGGUCCAGCAUCCCCAAAACCACAAAACCACCAGCACUCUCCCCCUCCCGUCACCUCCAGGCCACAGACCCCUGAUGGGAAGGGAGAGAGCUGGGAGGGCCCGGAGCUGCCCCAUGCCACCACCCCAUGAGGCAGUGUGGCCUGUGACCUGCCAGUGAAGCAGGGAUGGUCGUGAGGUGCCACUGGGCUGACAGCAGAGGGCAGGAGAGCGGGCUCUGGGCAGAUGCCGAGCAGACCCCCGGCCCAAGUCAGAGGCACCCUUUGCCUGGAAUUUGAGGUGAACCUGCAUGCGCACCACAGCGCCCUGACCACCUUGCCAGGCCAGUCCCGGCCGUCGCUCAGCCACCUGGGCCACCUUGCUGUACUGUUUCUGCAAAUGGGGACGAGGGCUCUUCCCUGCCCCAGCUAGAAGGGGGCUCGCGGUCUCCCAGGUGAUGGCAGAGCCGGCCUGCCCGGUGGCUAAGGGAUAUUUGAUGCCGCUGUGGGCUUGGGGUGGGGUAAAGGAGAAAGUAUGUCUGCCAACUGGCACAUCGGCCCACAGGGACAGGCUUGGUGAGGAGGGGUCUGGAGGGAGCCAGCCGAGCCUCGGACCCUAGCAGAUAAGACACCUUCGCCCACACGUCAACACCCAUUUGGGCUUGUUUUCUCUUUUAUUUUCAAAUAAGAGGCAACAAAAGGACAAGCUCAGCUGUGUCUUGUGCCCCCUCCUGUGGGCCUUGGGUGGGCUGUGGCUUAGCUCACAAGCCUGCUCUGUGGGAAGGAGAGGCGGCCUG